GGGCGGUCCUAGACUAGCUUUGGGGCCAGUCCAACAAGUAAGGACGCGUGCUUGAAUUUGAAUUCAGGCAGGAGCUAACAACUUGUUAAGAUAUUAGUCAACUGCUACAGCACAACAGAGGCAGAUAGUAGUAUUGUAACACUGUGUAUCUUAUUUCCUAGUUACUUUGGCUGUGAGUGUGUUUGUGUGUAACAGUAGUUAGUAUCGUCGGAACGUUUAAAUCGCUGCUCGGUGCUGUAGUUACAGACAUCAGGGUUUGAGGAGAGAUCCCUGCACUUGCAAUGAAAGCGGGCGUAGUCCACUGCCGCUGUUCAAAAUGUUACUCGGUUCCGGCUCGGAAGCGGGUCCGUAAGCGAACUCCAGCCCUAACCUUGCUGUCUCUCCCUGAGGAGGUCCUCCUCUGUGUGCUCCAGUGCCUCUCUGCUGAAGACCUGCUGUCUGUCAGAGCAGUUCACUCCCAGCUGCGGGACAUUGUUGACAACCACUCCAGUGUAUGGACUAGGGUCAGUUUCAGGGACACAUGGCCAUCCCCCAACACCUUAUGGCUAUUUGAGAGAGCUGCUGAGAAAGGGAAUUUUGAAGCUGCUGUGAAGCUAGGGAUUGCAUUUUUGUACAAUGAAGGACCGUUGCUGAGUGAUGAGGGGAGAGCGGAUGUAUGUGGACGCAAGGCCUCCCACUUCUUCAGCCUGGCAGAGAGUCUCCACUCUCCCACGACGGAUCCCUUCAUUUGGGUGUUCAUCCGUCCACCAUGGUCGCCCACCGGCAGCUGCUGUAAAGCUGUGGUGUUCGACCGCCUUAAGGCCGAGUGUGAAAAUAAUGCGGAGAAGAGAGGACCCUUGCUGCACUGUCUGGCCAGAGUUUUGCAGCUGUUUGAAGGCGAUGAAAGACGCUCAGAUGUCAUAUCUAUGUUGGAGUCGUCGUCCCAGGCUGGCUGUCUGCAAAGCUCCUACAUGUUGUGGGAACACAACCGGAAAGCAGCUAUGGCAGAUCCAGGCAGGUACCUCCAGUAUAUCCGAACCCUCAGGGACUACGCUGGCAAAGGAUGCUGGGAGGCACGGCUCUCCCUGGCUAAAGUGUGCAGCAGUGGGAACCCGCUGGGAUUGGAGUCAAAAGCCUGCUCUGACUUGGUGGCUCAGCUCUUCAAUUCCCCGAACCCGGCAUCACGACACUGCACUCAGAGCCUCCUGAGGCGAGGCAUCAAGGACACCAUGAGGUACAUCCUAGUGGACUGGCUUGUGGAGGUGACCACCAUGAAGGAUUUCUCCAGCCUGACGCUGCAUGUGACAGUGGGUUGUGUGGACCGCUACCUGGCCCUGCGCUCUGUGCCCAAGGCUCGCCUGCAGUUAUUGGGAAUUGCCUGCAUGGUAGUUUGUACACGCUAUAUCAGUAAAGAAAUCCUGACCAUACGUGAAGCUGUGUGGCUCACAGACAACACCUACAAAUAUGAGGACCUGGUUCGAAUGAUGGGGGAGGUUGUCUCUGUGUUGGGGGGAAAGAUAAGGAGCCCCACACUGCUGGAUUACGGAGAGGUGCUGCUGUCUCUGCUCCCUCUGGAAAGACGGACCACUUACAUGUUCAGCUACAUCUGCGAGCUGUCGCUGCUCUACUCUGCUCUCGCCACACCACCGCCUUCCAAACUGGCCUGCGCUGCACUACUGCUCACACGAGCACUACACCACUAUGCUCCCCUCUGGCCCGGCCAGUUGGUUGACUACACAGGCUUCACCAAGCAAGACCUCGCCUCCCUUUCUGUGCUGCUCUAUGUCAAGUGUUUCAGUCAAGACGUUCCCAAAGAUUACAGGCAUGUAUCUCUUACUGGCGUUAAGCAACGGUUUGAAGAUGACUCCUACCAGCACAUAAGCAAAGAAAAGGUGAUGGAUUUUAAAGAGCUGUGUCAGAUCUUGGAGAUUCCGGAGGUGGAGCCUCAGAUGGAGCCUCCCAGUCCCACUGGUCAACCAGCAGACAUCCAUACCUUCCUUGCCUCUCCCUCUGGCACCAACAAGAGGAGACGCGAUGACGUCAUGCAGGCCCACAGAGCCAGCUUUGUGGCCACACCCACAGCAGAGCUGUCUAAUCAGGAGGAGACGCUGCUGGGCGACAUCCUGGACUGGAGCCUGGACACUUCCAGUUCCGGUUAUGAGGGGGACCGGGAGGAGGAGAGUGAGGGAGACAAAGACGGUGAUUCUUCCAUGAUAUCCGUCAAACUGCACUCGAUGACCGACGCAGACAAAAGACUAGAGCACUGCAGAGCCUUGUCCAGUGACGAAGAUAGCUUCUCUGAAGGGGAAAGGGAGGGGAGCAAGGAUGGCCAAGACCAGGAACCCCUUACCUCCUCUACAGACCUUCACAGUUCAGGAUACUCCUCUGUCCAGAGUGUUAGCCCCUCAUCCACAUGCUCCUCCUCCUCCCUCAUGCCUUGCACAUUCAAGACCUUUGCCACUUCCCUGGGCACAGCCUCCGCCAAUCCCCAACCAGGCUUCCGCCUUUUGGUGCCCAUGCAGAGGCCGCGGGGCACCUCCGGCAAACAAGUAAAGAGGAAGAACUCAGCAACUCACAGUGGAGGUGAGGUGGAAAAAGAAGAGGAAGGAGACGAGUAUUCUGCCAAAGCGGGGUUUCUGAGCCUAUAGACUGUGGAUGUUUGACUCCCGCUCGGUUAAUAUCCUCCAGCACUUUUCUUUAGUUCUCGAUGCUGUUCCUCACGCCUGUCAGUCUGCACUGAGCCGUCAAUUUCCAGAAGAGCAAGAGACUUUCGAGAAAGGGAAAACCAAUGAAUUGCCUAGAAACUUGCCUCUCUAUUACAUUACAUUUUCAUGUUUACAAGCAGGGCACAAUAGAAUACCUCCCAUAAACCAAUAUUCACAGUCAGCUCUGUAACCACUGGAACAUUACUUCAGGAACUUGUUUGGUAGUUGUAGAAGACAUGAAACCUCAUGAACUUGUUCAAUGUUUAAAUCAUAUUGUGGAAACACUUUACACAUAGCUGUCAUGUUGUGAUUAUUUUGGUUAUUAUAGUUUCUGAUAAGCACUGUCUACAAGACAUGGUAUUUGGUGAAUGUUAUCAACGGGUGACGAAGGUCAUCUAGUUGAUGGAGAUAUCUGCAUCUGAAGCCUAAAAAUAAUCUGAUUGUAUGAAUUCCUCUUGUUCCGUUCUGUCCUUAGUUCCACGUGUGUUUGCCAAAGGUACUGUAGUGGUGUCGUAUGCGUUUUCAGGGGCAUUUAUUUAAAUGCAAACAGAGCUGUGAAAUUAGUUUUUGUAGUCUGCAUAUUUUAGAGUUUAAACCAGUUGUGCUGUUAAUAUUUUUAAAUCAAUAUUACUAAAAGCACACUAUAUGUCCAAUAAGGUGUGCUGAUUGAACUAACCGAGAAUCCCCAACUGGAUGAGUAUCGUACAAACCUCAGCCUUUCAUCCAGAUGUUUAGUGCUACACAGUCAUUAACGUUUCAACUGAAAUGUAAUGAGGCACUCGAUGUAAUGUGAAAUUACAUAACAUGGAAAAGUUGCAAUAACCCACUUUUCCUCCCAUCUCAAUUAGGUCUAGCACUUUUAUUAUCACAGAAACAGCGUAAUUCAAUGAAAUGUAACCAUUUCCACGCUUGAACAAUCAAUACUAAAGUAUUUUUGAAUAGAGUCGCGUUGCCUUCUUGGAGCGAAAGGGAAGUUCAGACACUAAAGGAAAUGUAUGACCUGAUGGGGUUUUGAAAGUACUGUAUGCCUCAUUCAGGACACGGAGUACACAAUGUCUGUGACUGACUGUAAAUACAUUUUAAACUGUUACGCAAGACUGGUUGUAACCUGUGUUUUUAUAAAUGUACAUAGUACUAUAUGUAUAAAUGGAGAAGGACAAAGAACGUGCCACUACUUGAACUUGUUUUCGCUUCAUUCCAAAAAGGCAGUUUUCUUUGUGAAACUUUUUCGACAGUGUUUUCUCACUAAACCUGUGAUGUGAAUAUGUAAUUUUGUAUUGAGUUAAAAAUAAAAGAAGCCAUCAUGCAGG